UUGGUGCAUUUGCAGCGAUUAUCGAGCGAACAAAUUGGUCGAAGGUUAUUACAAUUAGACAAAGCGUCUCUCGCCUCUGAAAAAGAAGGGGCGGUAGCGACCGAUGGGUUCUAUUUCAUUACAAAUCUUUUACAAUUAGCAAGAACAUGACUAUAUUCUCUGUUUGAACUUUUAGCUGGAUUAAACAUAAUUGUGAUUGUUUUAUUGAGCCUUAUUAAAUUGAUUUUGCACGCCACUGUCCUCCCCUCAGCGGUGCCAACCGCACCACCAAAACAACCCAUAACCGUGCUUUGGAUUUAAAUUUGACAUUUCAACCUAACCAAAAAUAUUCAAAAGGGGCGAGAACCCGAAUGGACCCAAAAUGAAUUCCUCUACCUCUUUGGACUCCACAAGCGUGCCGGAUUUGAUCCUGCAGUUAUGCAAUCACUUUGCAAAACACGCCCCAGAUUUGUCGGCGAAUUUGUGCAAGACAGCGUUUAAUUAUCUGUCCACGUCGUCGGCGAUGGGCUGCGAUGUCCCCAGCGACGAGCAAUACGUAGUGGUGCACAUAAGACAAUUGUUGUCACAGCAGUCACAGGAAAGCGCCGAACGGUUUGAACUACUAUACUCCAACAUGUGUAAAACGAACGUGUUGCAAAAUCGGUGUUCGGUGCUGCGUUUCUUGUUGAAACUAGCGCAGAAAUCGCAGAGGGAGUUGAAAUGGAGCACACUCGAAAGUUUGGAUAAAUUUCCGGCAACUACGAGACCGAAAUCGUCGCAGUUGAGUUUGACCAAAGGUACCAAUUCGCAGGAGUCCAUACAUAGUAUUUUCCAAGGACAGAGCAUUUUCAAGUCGGUCCAAUCUAGCUGCACUAACAUUCCGUCGUCACGUACAACCACCAGCGCCUGGUCGUCGCGAGUCGACUUCGAAACCGGCCCCUCUCAAUUGUCAACCGAUCUCAACUUAGUUUCUGAACGCGACCUCCUCCAAGACAUAAUUUACUCAUUCCAAGGCAUCGAAGGCCGUUACUUGCGCAAAGAAGUCGGCGGUGUCGGUUUCGUGAUUGACCCCAAGUCCGGCAAGAACUUCACGCCGAUUCAAAGGGGGCUCGUGGAGCGCCUCCUCGGGAUGAGUUUCCUGCACAACCAACUCAAACAGUACUGCGACUCCAACGACGAGCACGGUGGUGUCAUCUGUCUGGCUUUAAUCGCGACGCUUCGGGACGAACUCUCCUCGUAUUACCGCACGAUUGCUCUACUUCAGACCGCACUGAGGAAGAACCCGUGUUUAGAUCAGCCCCAGAUGACGCUCCAUAAGGCGUUGGUGUACAUCCACGAGCACAGAGUGAGGUUCGAGUGGCUGGCGUACAUUGCGGAGCAAUGUAACGAGAAAAAAGGGGGCGCUCUGAUCACUGCGGUGCACGGGUUCCUGCAGCACGGCUCCAAGUGUGCCCAGGAGGUGUCAGAGAAAGUCUUGACGGCGGUGUGCAAACCCUUGUAUGUGAUGCUGUCUAGGUGGUUGCUGGAUGGGGAAAUCAACGAUCCGUGCAAUGAGUUUUUCGUAGAGGCUAGAGAUAUAACGGCGGCGGAGCGGCUGUGGCAUGAUAAGUACCACGUAAGGAAGGCGAUGGUGCCGAGUUUUAUCACGAUGGACCAGGCGAAGAAAAUCCUGGCGACGGGGAAGAGCAUCAAUUUUUUGAGGCAGAUUUGCAAGGACAGCGGCCAGAUGGGGGAGAGGGACGUGUUACAAAAACUGUCGAGGACGACCUCAGCGGAGUCCCUCUUCUCCCCCGAACAAAGUCUGGAAUUCGACUCGACUCUCGACAAAGUGUAUAAAGAGACGUCGUUGCGGGUGCUCGACCUCCUCAAAAACAAGUACCGCCUCUACGAACACCUCCAGUCCCUGCGUCGGUACCUUCUUCUCGGUCAGGGCGACUUCAUUCGCCACCUUUUGGAACUCUUAGUACCUGAACUCAACAAGCCCGCCCAGGAGAUUUACGGCCACACCCUUUCUGCGAUUCUCGAAUCUGCCAUUCGGGUCACCAAUGCCCAGUUCGAGGACGAAGACACCCUCCAACGUCUCAAUGUCAGCUUCAUGGGUCAUUCCCAAGGCGACACGGGAUGGGACGUUUUUAGUUUAGUAUAUAUAGUAGAUGGUCCGGUGGGUACCAUUUUUCAACCCACCAUGACAAUAUACCAGUGUCUUUUUGGAGCGCUAUGGAAAGCGAAGCGGAUGGAGUUCGUUCUGGCGAAUAUGAGGAAGCAGCAAAUCACGAUGGCGAAGAGGUUCCGCAAGAUCAAGGAACUGAAGCCGGUGAUGCACGUGAUUCACAUUCUAACCAGCGAGAUGAUACACUUCUUGCAUCAGACGCAGUACUAUUUUUUGUUCGAGGUGUUAGAAUGUUCAUGGGCCGAGAUGUUGCGGAGGGUCAAUCAAGCGGAGUGUUUGGAUGAUAUUAUUAAUGCGCAUAACAUUUUUUUGAGCUCGGUGCAGUGCGGGGUUUUGCUGGACGAGAGCUCGAGGGUGUUGUUUUCGCAGUUGAGGAGUAUUUAUAAUUUUAUUUUGACGCUUGAGGGGCACCAGGAGGCUCUGAAUGAAGCUGCUGAGAAAGAGUAUGAGGCGUACAUGCAGAUCAUGAACAGGAUCGACGGACCUGACGCUUACGGUCUCACUACUGAAGAAGAAAUCGUAGCUAAAGCACGAGUUGAAAACUUCCACCAGUUUUUGAACAGCAUCAGGACCAAAGUGAAACAUUUGGCUCAAACGUACGAACAGUUCGUCAAAAAGUACCUUAUUUUGCUAUCGUCGAGUUCCAACAUGAAUCUCCAGUUGUUGAGCGUGAGAUUAAGUUUUAAUGAUUAUUACAAAAUUAUAUGACCAGAAGCCACGAAUUGUAAUGAUUUAUUUGUAAAUAGGAGUAUCGAUAAAUCGCCAACUUCCACUGUUAGUACCAAGUACGGAAGCGUAGACUCUCUACUUCGCACAAAGAAGAAGAAACAUAUCUGAUGUUGUAUUGGAUGAAGGGUGGGAACAUCCUUCAUCUGGCUUUACUCAAUGUAUAAAGAGGGGCGCCCCCGCAUUAAUAAACACACUUAAUUUUAAA